GUGGUGGUGCGUUUAUUGACCGCAAGUUUAUGUACAAUACAUAUAUUGAAAUAUUGAUUAUUUUUAUGUUUUAUAAAAAAGUUUAGUUUAUUUGAUCUGUUCAGAUGCCGUUGGUUUCAUAAACUAGAUUAUGUCGUACUAAUGAUGAGCUCUUACAUACUCAACUAAGUCUAUUCCGCUCAAAUUUACUUUUAAUAUAUAUGAGAGCUAUAAAAAUAGAAUGUAUACAAUGUGACAUCGAAUUAAUUGGUUGUUCAAUUUGCAAAACGCACUUAAUCAUUAAUUUCCACCCAUACUUUUUACAUUUAUACUUGCAUAAGCAAAUAUACAUGCAUGUUGAAUGUGUGGAGAUAACGAAUUGUUGUACAUGUCGUAUGAGUAAUAUUCAAUGCAAUUUUAACAUAUCAGAUGAUACGUGGGAACACCACUUCCAAAGACCACAACGCAUUUCGAUAAAAAGCUUUUAGCAUACAGGAUAGAGGCUAGUUUUAUUUAUAUAUUUUUAUGUGGCAUUCAUCAUUAUAUUCGUGUUGAAGAAUUUUCACUCUGCAGCAGGUAAUCCGAAACCAGUGAGUGUAGUUUUCACAAGAAAAAGUUCAUAACUAACAUCCAUUAGAGAAUAUAAGCGAUUUUUUGUAGAUAUUAAUUUUCAAAAUUAAGAUUUUUUAAAGAAAUGCUGUAAUUUAGUUUCUUUUCAGUACACUUUAGUUGUUGAUUUUUACGAUAUGGGUCUAGUGAAAUUUUCCGAGUCAACUUUAAUUGCCGUAAUUGCGCCCUACGUAUGGACUUUUUCAUUGUUUGCUGUUGUGAUGCCGCCAUAUUACAUUCUUCGUACGGUUUCAACAUAUCGCCAUUGGAUGUUGCAUAUUAUGCGCACAGUUUUCAUCCUAUAUAUGCUAGUGCAAUUUAUUAUCAGCUUUUGGGUCGCAUAUCUCUAUAACAUGCUGCUUAGUAGUUUUUUGAUGCGAAGCUCUUUGGAUAUUAUGACUUGUGUAUUAAGCAUAGGCAUUAAUAUCGUACAGCUUAUAGUGCAAGUAACGGUAUAUGUGCAAGCGUUAACUAAACACCGUCUACUCCGUGACGUGCUCAGUGAUAUUGUACAAUUAGAAUCGGAUAUACGUAAACAUUUAUCGACCGCUUGUUCAUUGGCAUCUUUUCGUUGGCGUUUAGGGCUUCGAGUCGGCAUUUGGCUCGUAGUGGUUUCGACUUUUGUACCUUAUCUGAGCUAUAAGCUUUAUACUCAAUCUUUUCAACCAAUUAAGCGUGGAAUUAUUGUAUAUAUUGGUACGUUAAUCCAUUUCAAAGGAGUUGAGUAUUGUGUUAGUGUGGAAAUGAUACAGGAGCUCCUACACCUGGUUCAGCAGCAAUUGGUACAUUUGAGACGAGAGUUGGUGCGCUGUGAAAGAGUGGAAUUGCGUUCGAGUUUAUACGAUGACUUGCAAACGAACCAGAAACUUCUAGCUCGUGUCUGGAAUCUUCUAAAUCAAAUAGAACGAUAUUUUUUUAUUCCUAUGCUUAUGUUUUUCUUCAUUAAUGGAUUCGCUAUAAUUCAAGCUAUACAUUGGGCUUACAUCAACUUUGAGCGUGAUAACUUGAACUUGCGUUUAUAUCGCAUAGUCUACACCGUCAUGAUAAUUUUGGCUUUGCUCUUACCCUGCUAUCUGAGUCAGUGCUGUAUUGAUGAGUACAACCGCUUCGGCACAAUAUUGCACAAAUUGAAGACCAUGGGCAUUGACGAACAACUCAAUAUGCGUUUACAGGAGUAUUCACUUCAACUAAUGCAUCAAAAGAUGCUCUUCACUUGCGGUGGUCUAUUUGAUAUAAACUUGAAAAAUUUUGGAGCGAUAAGUCUCACAAUUACGACAUAUAUUGUUAUACUAAUUCAAUUCAAAUUACAAGCAGAAACUGAGAAUAAAUCGAAUAUUGGAAUUCGUUUUGAAUAAAAUGAUCGUUUUAAAACAUUAAUCGUCUAAUUGCAGCUUAUGUAUAUACAUAUGACAUGUAAAAAGCACUAAUUUGGAAUAAUAAAAAUGCAAACAUAAUGAAAUUU